UGAGUUUAUUUCUGGGCAAUUAAAGUCACAAUAGUAUUUUAAAAAUUGAAAAUAAAAAACCCAAAACAAUCUUGGAAUCCCAUAUUUUAAAAAGAACUGAUAUCCCUAAUGGAUAGUUACGAUUAGCAAGGACAAUGAGAUAAUGAGAAAAGCAUUGUAUUUAAUUCUAUGCACAUCUUCAGUGGACAUGGCAUGGCCAGUGCAGUUUUGUAUUAAUUAGUGCUCUGAAAUGGGAGAAAGGGACAUGAAAGGGGUGAAGGGAACUGGCAGAAAUUAGAUUAGACAACAACAGAGGAUGUUUCUAUCCAGAAUACGAGUCAUCCAGAAUCCCUAUCAGCUUCAAUGAUAUGUUGUGUAUAAGUGAAAAUAACUCAAGUAACAUGAGAACAGCCCAGACUCAGGGAUGGCUUGGGGCAUAUAAAGUGGGACACAGAGCCUAUCAGCAUGAGCUUGCCAGGAGACUAGUGACCAAACAGCAGACCUAACUGCCACCACGUGAUCUAUGCAUGGGAAGGCCACUCCAUGCACAGCUCACAUCCUUCCCAAGUGGAAGGAGGCUCCACUAUAAUACAUACAAGUUUCCUUUUAUUUACCCUUUGGUUUUAUUAGGUUGUGCUCAGGUCACAUUUUCAAGCUUUUCUUCGGAACCAUGAGGGUUAAACACUUUCUUUUUUAGUAAAAGCUAAGAUUCUCACACAUUCACAGGACUCCAGGAACUGAGGCUUUAAGAAAUACAGCAAUUAUUGUGACAUUAUAAAAGCGAGUGAUACUGCAGCCCUUCCUCUGGCCCAGAGAGGGUGCUCAGCAAGUCUGUGGAUCCACAAUGGGGAGUGGGCAGACAAGGAGCAGAGCUUGGCACUACCUCAUUUCCCCACCAACCCAAGAGAACAGACUGGGAAGACAACCCAGUCCCAGGACAAUCUUAUUCUCCUUCCCCUGAUGGAACAAUUAGGGAGAAAUCUUGCUGAGUUUUCCUCCCCAUUAUUGUCCUCCUGUCAGUUUUCCUGAGGGAGAAAACAAUUAGCCCAUAGCUAGCAAUUAGUGGUUAUGUGAAAUGAGUUUGGUGUGGGUCUCAGUUUCAUUUCCCAGAGGACAGGUGCUCACAUCACACAUACAAACCCUCUCUGUAUUGGCAAUCUCAGCAGAAAGGGCAACAAAUGAAGUGGCAGAAAGAUUGAAUGCGAAGGCAUAGAUUCAGCCAAUAUGGCAUACAAAUAUUUGUUUCUCAAGAAUCUGUUUUAAUUUAAAAAACAAGUCAGUCAGUCACUCUAGCUGGUAUGGAUGCACAGUAAACUUCACAAAUGCGCACUCAGAGUAACGGAUGCAGAGACCUCUACCUGAAUCUGCAGAAAGCCUGCAACACUUGUUCUACAAGAUAUGAACCCUUCAUCCCAGUGAGGGGUUAACUCAGAUGCCUGGUGAUGAUAAUUUGUGUCAAAAUUAUUAACUAUUUCAUUCCACUUGUAAGAGCUUGUCUACAUGGCAAAGUUUUACCAGUUAUAGUGGUGUAAGUAUAUAGUAAAAUCAAUACAAUUAUGCUGAUGUAAACCCUGUAAAUCCUUAGUUCAGUAUCAGAGCUAUUUUUUUACAAAUUUCUCUUAAACCUGUCCCCAAGCAACAUAAUCUACAUUCUAAAAAGGCACUUGUACACUGGAAUAUGUGUCCACAUGGGUGUUAUGUCAGCUUCACUAUAUUGGUUUAACCUCACACCCUAGCUAAUAGUGGUAUAACUUUUCUGUGUAAGAAAAGCCCUCUGAAAGGAGAGGGAGGAUCACUGACCUGCACAAUUUACUGAGUGAUGUCUCACUAUGGAACCCAACCUAAAUAAACCAAGCACAAGGUGCCUAAUGGAGCUCAAAGAACAUGUACAAUCAUAAUUUGAACACCUGCACAAUUUACUGGGAGCAGCAACUCACCGGAGCAGAGCUUAUUUUGUGGGUGAAGGUGGAAGAGUACCACCCCAAUCUGAUCCCUGCUGAGCUCUCAUUCCUAGGUCCUCUUGGAUAGGAUUCAGGAACAUUAUCAGAGCAGUGUCAGGGGACACUGUGCUAUACUUGCUCUGGGAAUAAACAGAAGAUUUCAGUCUCUGGGGAUGUCAGCCUUUCUUGAACACAUUUUAAAGAAGAGCACCCGAAUGCAAACCCAUCUCCAUUGAAAUAGAGGGAAUUAAAACAAGGAGUGCAUGGUGCCAGUGACUGAAAUACAGCGGCAUUGGAAGAGAGUCCCCCCCCCCCCCCCACAUACUUGGAAUAUUUGUCCAUUUAAUUUAUUCCUGACCCCCAAAUCCCAGACAGUCUGACCUCCUCUUCUUUGUUAUCCUUUCUUGUACAAGUCUCUUUACGGGGAGUGCAAUACUUCAAGAGCAGUGAGAGUUAACCUAAUCUGACUGUUGGGGGGGAGGGGAGAAGAGCUCUGGAUGGGAGGGGGUUGGCUACAAUUAACGUUGUUUGGUUAGGGCUAUUUUUACUUUUGGUUGCAGUCUUGCUUUAUGUCCGGAGGAGAAAAGUUCUUAUCUUGCCUCUCUCCUUCAGUCCCAGUCCCAUAUUCUGAUUAGAAACAUGAAAAAACCACAAACACAAGAGUUAUUUGUUAGAAGAGGAGCUAUCAAGGAACAAGGGCUGCCUCUUUGUGUGGUUGGCUGGUGCAAUGCUUGCCUUCCAGCUUUUGGAAAAUAUCUUUAACUUAAUCACAUUCACAUGACAAACCUCAAAUUAAAAAAAAAAAAAAGCCCAUGAGUAAUGCAGAAAGGAGAGAGGGGAGAAGAGAAGGAGAGAAGUCUGAGAGCAGCCGAUCGCUGCACAGGCAGCGCGGAGCUGUCAGAGAGAGAGGAGAGGGUGCAGCCUUUGUAGAGACGAGAUCGGGAACAGUUUAACCCCAUCCAGUCUCCGGGCUGGCGAGAAGAGAGAGAGAGAGAGAGAGGAAGGUCCAGUAACCAGGCAAGGGCUGCGGAUUGCAACGAAAGCUCAGGACUUCCCUCCUGGCGUCACUCAGUGCUGAGGCGUGUUGGCUUCGCAGGAAGCAGGUUUUCCUCCCCUGGCUUUGCAAAGCCCCCUUUCCCGUGGAGCCUCAUGCACUCUGCAGAGCUGCAGCCCAGGAGGCAGGAUGGCUCCCCGGGAGCGAGGCGCUAAGGGGCUGGCCCCCCUCCUGCUGCUGCUGCUGCUCGCCCUGCUCGGCAGCCCCAACGCCGGCCUGGAGGUGCAGCACAAGUUCCUCUCGCCCACCUUGACCAACAACUUCGCCCUGGAUGGGCUGGGCAGCAAGAUCUACCUGGCGGCUGUCAACCGGCUCUACCAGCUCUCCGGCCCCAACCUGACGCUGGAGGUGGAGGAGCAGGUGGGCCCGGUGCCGGAUAACCCCCUGUGCCACGCGCCCCAGCUGCCCCAGGCCUCCUGCGAGCACCCCAAGGUGCUGACCAACAACUACAACAAGAUCCUGCAGCCGGACCCGGAGCAGGGCAUCGUGGUGGUGUGCGGCUCCAUCUACCAGGGCUUCUGCCAGCUGCGCAGCAUGGCCAACAUCUCCGCCGUGGCCGUGAGCUUCCCGCCGGGCGGUGCCGGUGCCGGGGGGGACCCGGUGACCGUCUUCCCCAGCAUGCUCAACAUCGCGGCCAACCACCCCAACGCCUCCACCGUGGGGCUGGUGCUGCGGCCCGCCGGGCCGGCGGGGGGCGGGAGGCCGGACACGCGGCUGCUGGUGGGGGCGACCUACACGGGCUUCGGCAGCCCCUUCUUCCCGCGCAACCAGAGCCUGGAGGACCACCGCUUCGAGAACACGCCCGAGAUCGCCAUCCGCGCCCUCGACGCCCGCGGCGACCUGGCCAAGCUCUUCACCUUCGACCUCAACCCCUCCGACGACAACAUCUUCAAGAUCAAGCAGGGGGCCAAGGCCCGCCACAAGCUCAGCUUCGUCCGCGCCUUCCUGCACCCCGCCCCCCCGCCGCGCGGCUCCUACGCCUACCUGGCCCUCAACAGCGAGGCCAACGCCGGCGACAAGGAGAGCCGCUCGCACAGCCUGCUGGCCCGCAUCUGCCUGGCCGAGCCCGGCCGCGGCGCCGGCGCCAACGCCAACGCCAGCGCCGGCGCCGGCGAGACCAAGAAGCUGACCGAGUCCUACAUCCAGGUGGGGCUGCAGUGCGGGGCCGGGGGCGGCGACGGCUUCACCCGCCUGGUCUCCGUCUUCCCGGCCGCCGCCCCCUUGCGGCUGGGACCCCCGCCGGCGCCGCCCCAGGAGCUGCUCUUCGGGGUCUUCGAGAGAGCCGCCCCGCCGGGGGCCCGCCAGCCCUCGGCCCUCUGCGCCUUCCGCUUCGCCGACAUCGAGCGGGGCAUCCGGCGGGCCAGGCACUCGUGCUUCGUGGAGCCGGACGCCGGGCUGGUGGCCGUGCUGGACAGCGUGGUGCAGGGCACCGGGCCGGCCUGCGAGAAGAGGAACAUCCAGCUGCAGCCAGAGCAAUUAGACUGUGGAGCAGCCCAUCUCCAACACCCUUUGGCCAUCCUGCAACCCAUAAAGGCAACACCAAUGUUCAAAUACCAAGGCCUCACUUCGGUGGCCGUUUCCAGUGUCAAUAAUUACACCGUUGUGUUUCUGGGCACAGCAAAUGGAAGACUCCUGAAGAUUAAUCUGAACAGUGACAUGAAGGUUAUUAGCAGGAAGUCCGUUUCAGUGGCUUAUGGGGAAUCCGUUCAUCCUAUCAUGCAGUUUGAUCCUUCUGAUUCCAGCUACCUCUAUCUCAUGACAUCCUAUCAGAUGACCCGUGUGAAGGUGGCUGCCUGUGACCAGUAUGCAACAUGUACGGAGUGCUUGGCUGCAGCUGAUGCUUAUUGUGGAUGGUGUACAAUGGAGACCAGGUGUUCUCUGCAGCAUGAAUGCAUUAAUUCCACUGAGCCAAAUUUCUGGACGAGUGCAAGUGAAGGAGUGCAGCAGUGUCCUUCAAUGACUAUCAUGCCAUCGGAAAUUAAUAUUGACAGUGACAACAAGGCCAUGAUAAUCCAAAUAAAUGGGAACAUCCCGAGCCUCAGUGGAAUGGAGAUGUCUUGUGAUUAUGGAAAUAAUAUCUACACUGUCGCCAAAGUCCCCGGAAAUGAUGUAAACUAUUUUAUUUAUUGUAAUUUUCUUCCAAGAGAGAAAUAUCCCACGUUCCCACCCAAUCAAGACCAUGUGAUUGUUCAAACUGCAAUACGGGUCAACGGCAAAAAUAUUGUCUGGGCCAAUUUCACCAUCUAUGAUUGCAAAAGAACUGGAAAUAUUUACCCCAAAACAGCAUGUACCAGUUGCCUCUCGACCAAAUGGAAGUGUUAUUGGUGCACUGAGAAAUACAUGUGUGUCUCCAAUUACUCUGAUUGUGAGGACUCACUAAAGAUGAAUGGCACCACAGACUGUCCACGGAUUGUACCUGCCUCGCUAGAACCUAUGCCCACGGGGGCUUCUCAGGACAUCAUGAUCUCACUGGCUAAUGCUGCUUUUUCCAAGGAUACUGUUUUGGAAUGUCAUUUUGGAACUGACAGGACAUUUGAAGCCAGAUGGGUGAACACCUCCACCGUUCAGUGCAGCAGUGUCCUGCUCCACACAUCAGAAAAGAGCCAUAUCUUCCCGGUAAACCUUCAGCUGAAGGAUAAGCCAGACAGAUUCAUUGACAGUCCACAGAUGAUGACAGUGGAGGUCUAUAACUGUGCAACUGGAAGCACAGACUGUUCUCAGUGCCUGGGGAGAGAGGACCUGGGGCACCGAUGCAUCUGGAGUGAGAGCAGCUCCAUUUGCAGACUAAACAUUGAAUCCCCACAAAUCCCAGUCAUGUGUCCUGCUCCAGAGAUUAGGAAGAUUGAGCCCCUGAGUGGGCCCCUGGAAGGAGGAACUCUGCUCACAAUAAGAGGAAGGAACCUGGGCCGUAGGUUCAGUGAUGUCGUUAAUGCUGUCAAGAUAGGGAGUGUGAGAUGUGCACCACUCUGGGACAGAUACAUGGUCUCUGAGGCGAUUGUAUGCCGGACUGGAGAAGCUGCCUCUAUAUUUUCCGAUGUAGUGACAGUUAACGUGAGCAGGGAAGGGAAAUCAAGGGAGCGAUACUCUUAUGUGCUCCCUGAGGUGCAGUCCGUGGCUCCAGGUGCUGGCCCUAAAGCUGGAGGCACCAAAGUAACCAUCAGCGGGAGUAAUCUCAGUGUAGGAUCUGAUCUCCGUGUCCUGGUCAAUAGCACUAAACAAUGCACAGACCUCACUCGAACUGCUACCACCAUCACAUGCACCAUGCCGGCCGUGGAGCUCACUAUGGCUGUGCGAGUCUGCGUCCAGUUUGAGAAUAAGUCUUGCAUCAAUAAUAACAUCACGUUCAAGUAUGAGAGAAACCCGAUUAUAACAGAUAUCAACCCAACAAGGAGUCAGAUCAGUGGAGGCAGGAUCAUCACUCUGGAAGGACAUGGAUUUUUGAUGGUUCAGAACGUGUCGAUGGUGGUUCACAGCAUCGGGAAAGAACAAACAAACUGUAAGGUUCACACCGACACUAUGAUUACCUGCCCCUCUCCAGCUGCCUCCAACCUCACUGUGGGGAGCAAGCCAGCACCGGUGGACUUCUACAUCAAUGGACGCCUCUACACGGAUGACCGGCUGGCUCCCGAUGAGUACAUGUACCCCGAGGAGGCCCAACACACCAGCAAGUUCAGCCUGGAGUACUACGCCAACCCCCAGUUCUUCACAGCCAAGAAGGAGAAAUGGAUCAAGCACCAUCCUGGGGAACCCCUAACUCUGGUUAUACAUAAAGAGCCUGACAACCUAAGCCUGGAAAGCGAUGAGUACCAAGUGAAAAUUGGCCUCAUUUCCUGUGAGAUACAGAUUGUUUCAGACAAAGUCAUUCAUUGCUCAGUCAACGAGUCACUGAGCACAUCAGAAAGACAGCUGCCCGUGACGAUCCAGGUUGGAAAAUUCAACCAGACGAUUGCUAUGCUGCACCUUGGGGGAGGCGAGACAGCGAUCAUAGUCUCCAUAGUCAUCUGUAGUAUCCUGCUGCUGCUGUCUGUCGUAGGCCUGUUUGUAUUCUGCACAAAGAGCCGCAGGGCAGAGCGCUACUGGCAGAAAACCUUGCUCCAAAUGGAGGAGAUGGAGUCCCAGAUCCGAGAGGAAAUCCGCAAAGGUUUUGCUGAGCUUCAGACUGACAUGACAGACCUGACCAAGGAGUUAAAUCGCAGCCAGGGGAUCCCGUUCCUGGAGUACAAGCACUUUGUGACACGGACAUUCUUCCCCAAAUGUUCCUCACUCUAUGAGGAGCGUUACAUUCUGCCUUCCCAGCAGCUCAACUCACAGGUCGGGUGUCAGGUCCAAGAAACGCAUCCCUUGCUGUCAGGAGAAUGGAAAAUUCCUGAAAAUUGCAGGCCCAACAUGGAGGAAGGAAUCACGUUAUUCUCCACCCUACUCAACAACAAGCACUUCCUCAUCGUAUUCGUCCAUGCUCUCGAGCAACAGAAGGACUUUGCUGUUAGAGACAGGUGUAACUUGGCCUCCUUGCUCACUAUUGCAUUACAUGGAAAACUGGAGUACUACACUAGCAUCAUGAAGGACCUGUUGGUGGAUCUCAUAGAUGCUUCAGCUUCCAAAAACCCUAAGCUUAUGCUGAGGAGGACCGAGUCUGUGGUGGAAAAGAUGCUCACCAAUUGGAUGUCCAUCUGCAUGUACAGCUUUCUCAGAGAGACAGUUGGGGAGCCCUUCUUCCUGUUGCUCUGUGCUAUCAAACAGCAGAUCAACAAGGGUUCCAUUGAUGCCAUCACAGGAAAAGCCAGGUAUACUCUCAAUGAAGAAUGGCUGCUGAGAGAGAACAUUGAGGCAAAGCCAAGGAACCUCAAUGUGUCUUUCCAAGGCUGCGGCAUGGACUCCCUGAGUGUUCGAGUCAUGGACACAGAUACUCUAAGUCAAGUUAAAGAGAAGAUCCUUGAAGCUUUUUGCAAGAAUGUCCCGUACUCCCAGUGGCCAAGAGUAGAAGAUGUUGACCUUGAAUGGUUUGCCACAAGCACUGACAGCUACGUCCUGCGGGACCUUGAUGACACUUCAGUGGUGGAGGAUGGUAGAAAGAAGCUCAACACUUUAGCCCACUACAAGAUUCCUGAAGGUGCCUCUCUGGCAAUGAGUUUAUCAGAUAAGAAGGACACCACGCUAAGUCGAGUGAAGGAUUUGGAUACCGAAAAAUACUUUCAUUUAGUUCUUCCAACUGAUGAACUGAUUGAACAUAAGAAGUCCCAUAGACAGAGCCAUAGGAAAAAAGUCCUACCUGAGAUCUACUUGACCAGGUUACUAUCUACAAAGGGCACGCUGCAGAAGUUCCUGGAUGACCUAUUCAAAGCCAUUCUCUGUAUGCGAGAGGAUAAGCCGCCUGUGGCUAUCAAGUAUUUCUUUGACUUCCUGGAGGAGCAAGCGGAGAAAAGAGGGAUCUCUGACCCUGACACUUUGCACAUUUGGAAAACCAACAGCCUACCUCUGAGGUUUUGGGUCAACAUUCUGAAGAAUCCCCAGUUUGUCUUUGACAUCGACAAGACUGACCAUAUAGACGCCUGUCUCUCUGUCAUAGCCCAGGCCUUCAUCGAUGCCUGUUCCAUCUCCGACCUACAGCUGGGCAAGGACUCACCUACCAAUAAACUACUGUAUGCCAAGGAGAUUCCAGAGUAUAGGAAAAUAGUGCAGCGCUAUUACAAACAGAUCCAUGACAUGCCGACUCUCAGUGAGCAGGAAAUGAAUGCACACCUCGCAGAGGAGUCACGGAAAUAUCGGAAUGAGUUUAACACCAACGUGGCCAUGGCUGAAAUAUAUAAAUAUGCCAAAAGAUACCGCACUCAGAUAGUGAAUGCCCUGGACUCCAACCCCACCACAAGACGCACGCAGCUGCAGCACAAGUUUGAGCAAGUGAUCGCGCUCAUGGAGGACAAUAUUUAUGAGUGCUGCAGUGAGGCCUAGGGCUGCUCUGGACUGAAACCGCUCCUGGAAAUGACCUUCUCUGUAGUGCACUGUCCACUAGGGAACAAGCCUUUAAACAAAAUAUAUACAUGUAGAUAUAUAUUUGAUUGUGUCUUUUACGGUAACUCUGUCACCACAUUGUUGGUGGGCAUGGCCAUUGGUGAGAUGAGCCAGCAAGGGAUGAGAAGCCACCAAACAUCGUUUCCAGAUAGCUUCAACUCCCUUUCGUUGAUCUGCACUGCAUAGUGCCCAUAAUUUAUUUGCUCUUUCAAGCUGGAACUAGAGACGUGCCGCUUACUAUUUUCCUUUAACCUGCGUGUGAGCAGCCAUCAACUCCCUGCAUUCCUGCUUCCAGAGCGACUCCUUGCAGACUAGAUCCCAGGCUAGGCAAGCGAUAAUGAUGGAUGCAAAGCAGCGGGGAAGCCUCAGGGAGUGAUGAAUGGAGAUUUCAAAGGCUAUUGGAGCAGCAGCAGAACUCCCUUAACUAUACCCCCUUACUUUUGUAUGUUUUAAAUACCAGGGAAUCUGUUUACUGUACAUUAUCUGCUGCAUUAGAUGUGUUUUGUGCCUUUUAUUUUUGUACUGUAUGUGUAAACAUAACCACUCCAUCUGCAACUUGUGCCAGGUGGGGAACUCAUGGACUAGACAGUGAGAUUGCUUCCGAAGUAGUCAAGACAUGCGAAAGCACUUUACCCCUAAUGGAAAUGGUAAUUAUCUAGCUGGAAGGAUUGUAUUGUCCAUUUGACAAUGUCAGAGAGGAACAAAUUGGGGCAGCUGUUCCCACUUCCCCAAGUUUCCGAGAUGUUUGUGCACACACCAAACUAGAGUUGACAAAUAUCCCCUAAAUAGCCACUUUUCAUCCAGCUGGUCACAGGAAUAAUUUUACCUAGAAGUAAAAGGAAAAGAUACAUUAGGGGGUCAAAAGGAAAAGUUUUCUUCCCUUUAUACCAUCUUCCCUGUCUUCCUGCAUGCACACCCUACAGCUGAAUUCUUCUCUCAGUAUAAACCUGAAGUAAUGCCAGUGAGUUUAACUCAUUAUUUAGUAUCUACACUGGUGGAACAGUGCAGAAUUGGCCAAAGCUGUGCUCCCAGUGUCAGGUAGUCCCUCUGAAGAUCGUUUGGAACUCACACAGUGCUCAGCAGCUGUGAGGUAUACUCUGGGACUGGUGAAAAUGUAGGAUGUUGUGAUGGAGAUAAACUAAAUCAAGGCCAGUAUUAUGGGUCUGUUCCUAAAACAGCUUCUGGUCUGCUGUGUCUGGCAUGCUGAUGGCCGCAGCUAUUGACUUUAAAUGAAUGGAAGGUUAUUGCUGCAUCAGCCCAAACAGCAUCAAAGACAAUGUACUGUGACUCCAAACGCCUUUUACAGAAUUAGCCUAUCUAGCAAUCCCUGCAAGCUGGAAUGACUCCAGCUAUUUUGGGCUAUUACGGGACAAAGUCUGCCCUCGGUUAACCCAGUGUAAAAUUGAGAGCAAGUCCAUCUAAGUCAUUCCAAGUCAAUGGAGUCACAUGCCUAUAAAGCUGGAGCAACUUUGCUACUGGAUUUGAGGUCCCAAUCAAAUCCUCUGGAUUUACACUGGUAUAAUAGGGUGAAAUUUUUCUAACUUUACUGUCCCAGAUUCCUUUAUGUUGCUUGCGGAAGGGCAGUGCCUUGGAAUACAAGCUUUCUCGCUUCCUUGUUGCCCAUUGGUGAAGGACCACAACACAAUUCCAUGGCUCCCUUUGCUAGCUACACAUACCAGAAGCCAGCACACGAAUGCAAGAAAAGCCAAACUGCCCAUAAAAUCCAAAUCCAGUUUGGCACCAAACUUUCAUACUACCAAAAAUACAAAAAAAGAUACUACCUCACCCAAGGCAGGGUUUAAAGGGGAAUCUCCAUAAUGCACAUGGCUGCCAUCUGAUCACUUUGCUAAGAAUCAACCUGGCAGUGAGCUACUUUGGUUCAACCAAAAAAAAUCCCCUGGCUGGAUCACAGCCAGGGCCUCUGUCACAAAUGUUUCAGAAAUGCCUUGAGUAUAGACUAGUUCUAUGGGGAUUUGGAGCCUCACAGCUGAUUUUAUAUUAUAUAUAUUUUAAAAAUUACACACUUUAUUGGGGGUGGGGGGCAAGGAAGAGAAAGACUUAACCAGAACUGCAGAAAAGUACAUACACUGUGGAAGUCUAACAGUAGUUGCUGCAUAAGUGGCUUCAGCCUAGAAAUGUUACAAAUGUAGCUGGGCUACAUUUUAUUUUGAAAGAGAUUUUUAAAAAAAACUUAAUUUUUCUUCUUUAAAAACUGUGAACAGCUGCCAGAUACACACAGGGCCAAUGCGGGGAAGCUGAAGGUGAGAUGUGGGAGGCAGUGUGACAAAGGGGUGCAAGGGGCCGUUCCCAUGAAGUGGUGAUCCUUGUGUUGAAACACUGGGAAGGUAACGGGCUAAUUAGUGUCAGGCUAUGGAUCUGCUCCAGGUGCUGUGAUUGGCGAGCAUGCCUUAUGGCCUAUACUUAAUUUAAUCUUUUCUCCAAAGCAAAAAAAAGAGGAAACAUGCUCUUUGCUUCCAUCCUUUGGAAGGAACAGAGCUUGAGGGUUGGAUGCAUUGCCUUGAACCCUGAUCCUUUGUAAUAUAUUUUUAACUUUGUCAUGUAUUUGUCGGUGUGGUUCUCUUACCUGCUAUUUGGUGGAAUCUUUGAAAACUUAUCUUUGUAAUAAAACAUGGUGA